UCUCUGAGUCACUCUGAGACGGACCUCACACACAAACUAUUUCCUUCUGCGCACUUUUCUCAGAGACACUUUGGACUCUUCGGAUCUGCUCAGAGUGGACUUUUUGCAGUGGCUUCAUGCGUCGGCUCCUCCUGAGGGUCUGAGAUCACAUGAACCUGGACUGAGCAUGGGUCAGACAGAGACCAGAGAGGAAGAAGCCCCUCCCUCUAUAAAAGCUCACAGACCUGCUCCUGGGGCCAGGGCCGUCUCAUUCAAGAGUGAUGACUCUAUGGGACAAGAGAUAGAGUCAAAAAGAGAACAUGGUCCAGAGAUCCACCAGAAACAUCCUCCACCUGAACCUGGUCCCAUCUGUGAGUCCCUCAGGAGUGACAGGUCUAUGGGACUUCCAGAUAAUUUUGCCGCUGAGCCAGUGGAGCAGCAGGGUCCAGAGGUCUCCAGUGGUCAGCACCAUCAGACACAGCUGGACUCCAUAAGCUCCAUAAGUAAACUGAAGUCUAACCUGCAGCAGAAGUUUGAGUGUGUGUUUGAGGGCAUCGCUAAAGCAGGAAACCCCACCCUUCUGAAUCAGAUCUACACAGAGCUCUACAUCACAGAGGGAGGGUCUUCAGAGGUCAACCAGGAACAUGAGGUCAGACACAUGGAAACAGCCUCCAGGAAACCAGGCCCAACAGAGACACCCAUCACAUGUGAAGACAUGUUUAAAGGCCCAGCUCACACACAUGGACCAAUCAGAACAGUGCUGACAAAGGGAGUGGCUGGCAUCGGGAAAACAGUGCUCACUCAGAAGUUCAGUCUGGACUGGGCUGAAGGCAAAGCCAACCAGGACAUACAGCUGCUGUUCCCGUUCACUUUCAGAGCACUCAAUGUGCUGAAGGAGAGAAGCUUCAGCUUGGUGACACUUGUUCAUCACUUCUUUAGUCAAACACAAACAGAACUCUGCAGCUUUGAAGACCUCCAGGUGCUCUUCAUCUUUGACGGUCUGGACGAGUGCAGACUUCCUCUGGACUUCACCAAAACCAAGGCCCUGACCGACCCCACAGAGUCCACCUCACUGCACGUGCUGCUGGUAAACCUCAUCAGGGGGAGUCUGCUUCCCUCCGCUCGCCUCUGGAUAACCACACGACCUGCUGCGGCCAAUCAGAUCCCUGCUAAGUGCGUCUCCAUGGUGACAGAGGUCAGAGGCUUCACCGACCCACAGAAGGAGCAGUACUUCAGGAAGAGGUUCAGAGACGAGGCCGACACAAUCAUCUCCCACAUCAAGACGUCCAGAAGCCUCCACAUCAUGUGCUACAUGCCAAUCUUCUGCUGGAUCGCUGCCACAGUCCUGGAGCAUGUGUUGAAAAGCAGAGAGAGAGGAGAGCUGCCCAAGACCCUGACUCAGAUGUACAUCCACUUCCUGGUGGUUCAGGCCAAAGUCAAGAACAUCAAGUAUGAAGAAGGAUCUGAGACAGACCCACACUGGAGUCCAGAGACCAGGAAGAUGGUGGAGUCUCUGGGAAAACUGGCCUUUGAGCAGCUGCAGAAAGGAAACCUGAUCUUCUAUGAGCAUGACCUGAGCGAGUGUGGACUGGACGCUGCAGCGGCCUCAGUGUACUCUGGAGUGUUCACACAGGUCUUUAGAGAGGAGCCAGGUCUGUACCAGGACAAGGUCUACUGCUUCAUCCAUCUGAGUGUGCAGGAGUUUCUGGCUGCUCUUCAUGUCCACCAAACCUUCAUGAACAAAGGGAUCAAUCUGCUAGUAGAGAAAAGGUCUGCGAUCUCUCUGUUAAAGAAUCACAAAAAUUACAAAGAUUUGCUCAAAUUCUACCAAACAGCUGUGGACCAGGCCUUACAGAGUCCAAAUGGACACCUGGACCUGCUCCUUCGCUUCCUCCUGGGUCUUUCACUGUUGACCAAUCAAAGCCUUCUACAAGGUCUGUUGAAAGAGACAGGAAACAGCUCCCAGACCAAUCAGAAAACAGCUGAGUACAUCAAGAAGAAGCUGAGUGAGGAUGUGUCUGCAGAGAGGAGCAUCAACCUGCUCCACUGUCUGAAUGAACUAAAUGAUCGUUCUCUGGUGAAGCAGAUCCAACAGUAUCUGAGUUCAGGAGAUCUGUCUGAAGAUGAACUUUCUCCUGCUGACUGGUCAACUCUGGCCUUCAUCUUACUGUCAUCAGAAGAAGAUCUGGAGCAGUUUGAGCUGAAUAAAUACUGUGCUUCAGAGGAGGUUCUCCUGAGGCUGCUGCCAGUGGUCAAGGCCUCCAACAAAGCUCUACUGAGCAGCUGUAACCUGUCAGAGAGAAGCUGUGAAGCUCUGGCCUCAGUCCUCAGCUCCUCCAGUCUCACACACCUGGAUCUCAGUAACAACGACCUCCAGGACUCAGGAGUGGAGCUGCUGUGUUCUGGACUGAAGAGCGCCCCCUGCAGACUGGAAACGCUCAGGCUGUCUGGAUGUCUGGUCUCACAGAGGGGCGGGGCUGCUCUGGCCUCAGCUCUGAGCUCCGCCCCCUCCCACCUGAGAGAGUUAGACCUGAGCUACAACCAUCCAGGACCCUCAGCCGAGCUCCUGACCGCUCUACAGGACCAGCGCCCCCUGCUGUCUGUCAGACUGGACCAUGCUGGAGCUCAGUGGUUAACACCAGGACUCAGAAAGUAUUUCUGUGAUCUCACUCUGGAUCCAAACACAGCUCAGAUAAACCUCAAACUGUCUGACAACAACAAGAAGGUGACACAUGUGACAGAGGAGCAGCCAUAUCCAGAUCAUCAGGCCAGAUUUGAGACCUGGGCUCAGAUUCUGUGUUCCACUGGUCUGACUGGUCGCUGUUACUGGGAGGUCCAGUGGAGUGGAUGGGUUCAUAUAUCAGUGUCUUACAGAGGAAUCAGAAGGAAAGGAGACAGUGAUGACAGUUUGUUUGGAGACAAUGAUCAGUCCUGGAGUCUGUUCUGUUCUGAAGAUGGUUUCUGUGUUCGUCAUAAUGACAAACGCACCUUCCUCCCUCAGCCCUGCUCCUCUUCUGGGACAGUCUCAGUGUUUGUGGACUGUCCUGCUGGCUCUCUGUCCUUCUACACAGUCUCCUCUGACCAACUGACCCACCUCCACACCUUCAACACCACAUUCACUCACACUCUGAUCCCUGGGUUUAGGCUCUGGUCUGGCUCCUCAGUGUCUCUGUGUCCGACAGACUCACCCUCCUCUGUGUAAAAUACAACAGUCAAAUCUGGAGAAAAAUCACUUUGUAAAUGUUGAUUUCAUUUUGACUUUAUUUGACCAGAGAUUUAUUUUAUAAUGUUUUAUUUCCUCUCAAAGACAAAAAAAAAAUCUAUUAAAGCUUCAAAUGUGGUGAUUUUGAUAAAGAUUUGAGCUGAAUUUAGUUUUUAUUUGUAUAUUUUUGUUUGUUCAAAUUCUGAACGUGUUAAAAAUAAACCCUCAGCCUUUUCAGCAGGUCUCACACAAUCAGAAAAAAUACUUUUACUUUUCAGUCCUGUUCAAAAAUGUAGUGGAGUAGAAAGUACAGAUACUGCUCUCAAAUGUACUGAAGUAAAAGUAAAAA